UCAGACGUUGCAAGAAGUGACGCCGGGUGACAGGCGACGAAGUACCAAUGUCAACUGCUCUCCGGUGGCGCUUAUCACCAACAGCCAGAUGAGAUGCGGGCACAGCAGCCACAUCUGCAAGUGUCGAAGCAUCAGCUAUAAAUGUGAGGGCUGAGCGGGAGAGGCGCUCCUUUCCCGUCUACGAGUGACGGGACUUUCGGACAGGGAAAAACGGCCCAGAAUUCCGCGCGGGUGUCUGUGAUCUUGAUCUGGGAUCGUGCCGAGCUUUGGACAUAAAUACGGAUCAAAUUGCAGCGAGUGUGAGCUCACUUCUCUUUUUUGCUCGUCUUUGAUUGGAAAAGCAGCGGGAGUUGUGCCGAUUGUUGUUCAGUAAGGCAGCCGCCAUGAAAAUUGCAUCGUUCAACGUCCAGAAGUUUGGACGAAGCAAAGUGUCCGACCCAGAAGUCGUUCAGAUCCUGGUGGAGAUUAUCCGCCGCUAUGACAUCAUCGUGAUCCUCGAGGUGGUGGACAUCAGCGGCACGUCCAUCGAAACCCUUUUGGAUGCCCUCAACACGGCCGACGUGACUCAUCACUACACGAUGACGCUCAGCAUUCGGCUGGGACGAUCCAGCUACAAGGAGCAGUUCUUGUUCUUGUACAGGGACGACUUGGUGGACCUUGUGGGCUCGUAUCAGUUCGACGACCAGGCGACCGACGGCAGCGACGUCUUCGCCAGGGACCCUUACAUCCUGAGGUUCCGAUGCCACGGCACCGGUGGGACGAGUCGGCCUCGCGCCAAAACGUGCGCGUCAAACGUUUACGUGUGCGCUUGUGUUUCCGCGGCAGUGCUGAAGGACCUGGUGAUGAUUCCCGUUCACACCAAACCGGACGAUUCGGAGACCGAGCUCGACGAGCUCUUUGACGUCUUUGAGGAUGUCAAGAAGAAGUGGAGGACUGACAACGUGAUGAUCUUGGGCGACUUCAACGCGGACGGCGCGUACGUGUCCGAUCGCGAAAUGCAGGAGAUCCGCAUUCGCAGCGACAAGAACUUCCACUGGCUGAUCGAAGACGACGUGGACACCACGGCCAGCACGGGGAACGCGUACACGUACGACAGAAUCGUGGUCUACGGAGACGACAUGCUCCGCGCUGUGGUCCCCAACUCCGCCAGAGCCUUCAACUUCCAGAAAGCGUUUGACCUCAGCAACGAACAGGCUCUGAAGGUGAGCGACCACUACCCGGUGGAGGUUGAGCUCAGGUCUCUCACCGAGCCGCCGCAAGAAAAUGAAGGUCCACGAUUGAACAGCAAACUGCUGGAGCUGCAGCAGGAAAACCUGCUGCUGGAGCGUGAGAAACUCAACCUGGAGAUCCAGAUGCUGCAGAUGAAACUGGCCAAAAUGAAGCGAGGAGAUGAAAAAGAACGACUGCUGCUACAGCUGCCAGACCACCAGCCGGCCUCUCGCUGCAAAAUACAGUGAAAUAAUGACACACUGUUUAGGACUGAAGCCACUAGACUGGUCUACAGGUCAAACCUCGUCCCAGAGGGCCUUCUCAGGGUGACAAUAGUUCCUUUCAACACAUUUCAAUAUCGGAGUUGUUUAUAGCCAAGUAUCAUAACGUCUACUAGUUGAUUACAUCAGACCUAUACGUCCAGUUUACAGACAUUUUUGUGAAUUGUCUGAUAUUUUGUGACCUCGUUCAACGCUAUUUUGCUUUUUAAACUGUAUUUCAGUUUGCACCCUAUUUGGAGGCGUGUCACGGUAGGUUAUUGGUUCACACGUUGUUAUAUAGAAAUAUUAAAAAUAUGUUGUCUUGGAGUACUCA